AUGAUGUUCUCAUUCCACACACGCCGGCCGUCUCCACACGACGAGCCGUCCAGAGGUCCCAGACCCAAACGAGCCAAGAUCAGAAUUGCCUGUGAGGUCUGCAAGAUCCGGAAGACGAAAUGUGAUGGUGCUAAACCAGUCUGUGGACCCUGCUCCAACCGAAAACGCGUUUCGCUUGCCACUCGAAUGGCCUGCAGCUAUCGGGAGUCUGAUUCUGCGGAGCAUUCAGGGUAUACCACCGAGCAGUCCCCCCGCGGUCAUCCACAGCCCGACCAUGCCGACCAGGCGAGCUCGUUCAGUACCAUCGUUCCCAGCGGGAGUCUCUUUGGUGCCUCUAGUGGGGUGCACAUCAUCCCCGAUGUGGGGAAUCAGACCAGUAUAGCCACUCCAGACAACAAAACACCAAGCAGAAGUCAAGCGUUCCCGAAUGCACUCAGGCAUCUACCCAAGCUACAGAAUAAAUUCCCUCGAAAUGAACGUUCUGAUUUCCAGUUCGUCAUCCCUCCCAGGAAGCAGGCGGACAACUUACUGGGUCUCUACUGGGACUAUGUCGACAGUGCCUACCCGUGGUUGGAUAGAACAUCCAUCGAAGGUGCUUAUGAGACUCUAUGGAUCCAAGAUGGAGAACUGAUGAUGAAUGAGACGGUUCUGCAUUGUCUGCUGAAUCUCAUGUUCGCCACAUCCUGCGUGGCCACCCAGGGUGAACCCCCACUCGUUCGCUAUGAAUCUUCCGUCGUAUUCUUUGAGCGCGCCCAGGCGUUGAUGUCGUACCAACUACUCGAUCUCUAUAACUUUGAGAUCAUCCAGAUUUUACUCCUCACCGCCGUCUAUCUGCAGCACGACAAAGAGCCCCAGAAAUGUUUCCGCAUCAUUGGGACGGCGAUUCAUAUCGCCCAGGAACUGGGGCUGCACAUCCCGGAAACCACUGAAGCUAUGGACAAUCCCAAGGAGCGAGACCUUGCGCGUCAGGUGUGGAAUGGGUGUGUUAUCAUGGACAGAAUCUGUUCCAUGACCUUUGGCUGCGCCCUCAAGGUCCCUCAAUCAGUCGCAAAAGAAGGCUUGAAUCUGCUGGUGCCCAACACCGUAGAGCACUCGUCGGACAGCGUGACCGCCACCCUACCAUCCAAAGUCAACUUCUAUCGAUCAUUCUGUCGACUUCAUCACAUCAUCGGAGAUGUCAUCGACACCUUCUACAAAUUCGGCGAAAGCACAACGGAUCGCCAUGCGAGCAAGCUUCGUCUGGAGACGCCGAGCGACUCAUCCUCACUCGUGUUUGACAAAUUCGCUAGCUUGUUUCGAAUCGACUCCGCACUGAAUGACUGGGCCCGCAGCCUGCAUCCUUUCUUCCAGAUGCCAUCGGAACUCCAAGACCCGACGCCCACGAAACAUAUUACGCGUGAAGCGAAUAUAUUACGUGCACGGCUUCUACUUCUGCAAAUCCACCAAGGGAGGACCGAGAAUGCCCGAGGGAUCGGUCUAUAUGCCGAUGAUGAUCAGAUCAUGCCGCAUGUAGUCCUCCAGUGUCAGAUCAAUUGCACCAAAGCCGCUGCCGACAUGAUCGAAUUCAUUAUCCGCAACUCACCGGAGCAGAAACAAGCGUACAUCUUGCCAUCCAACUGGUACACUGUUUCGUAUGUAUACAUGGCCGUCACGAAUCUGCUCGCUGCCCAGACCUCCCCACAAAUAGUACAAUACUUCACGGCCGCUCGUCUGCAAGGCCUCUUGCACGAGGCACGACGCAUUCUCAAGGAUUAUGAAAAGCAUGCCACCUUGACUUCGCGAUGCAACUCGGUCCUUGCCCUGCUUGAGCAGAAUGUCGGCGGGCGCGAGCCAAUAGUCGACUACACCCCUUCGGAGGCGGUACAGGCUAGCAGCAACCCUCUCAACACAUCCGCCCCAGAUCUAGUGAUCGACACACAAGUGCAUUCGGCAAAUCUCUCGAGUAACUUAGCCAUGAUGGAGAACUACUCGUUCGACUGGAACGAAUGGCCCAUGUUCUUUUCUCAACUGGAUGAUGAUACACCUACAGCUCAGGGCUGGGCAAUGUAG